UCAGGCACCUGCUCCAGUGCCCUCUGUUACUAGAGAAAUUCUCCAGGCCUGAGAGUGGCUGCAUCUGGGCAUAAUGGGAUGCAUUUUGGGCAGCCAUUGGUUCCUGUCUCUCUCUGCGCCUGCGCACUGGUGUCCUGUGCUCUGAAGAGCCUGAUGCGCCUGCGUGGUUGUGGCGGACACAGCAGCCGUUGGCGGGAGCAGCUUUUGAGGCUGGUGUGAAGGCGAUUGGUGAGGCUGCAUAGUCUGGGCAGCAGUGCAGCUGAGCAACGGCCUUCAGCCCCAGGGUAGCAGAGGCAGAGGCCAGCAUCGUGGGGUUCACGAUGUCUCCCAAGGUUUCCCGGAAGAGCCGACCCCAAUCCCAGGCCGGGGCCCCCAAGGCCCAGUUUCAGGCCGGGCAGAGGCUGCUGUGCCUGCAUGGCUCCCUGCUCUACGAGGCCAAGUGCAUGCGUGUGGCUGAGGUAGCAGCCGAGUCGGAGGCUGAGAUGGAGGCUGGCUCCGUUAUGUACCUCAUCCACUACACGGGCUGGAACAAGAACUGGGACGAGUGGGUCCCCGAGAGCCGAGUCCUCGAGUACUCGGACGCCAACCUGGCCCGGCAGAGCGAGCUGCUCAGGGCCCACCAGGAGCAGCAGGCAGGGGCCAAGGCGCGAGGAGGCUUCCGUGCCCGUAAGAUCCCAGGGCCGGGGCUGCAGCAGAAAAACGGGGGUAGGGCCAGACGGGACCCCCAGGAGGCCCUGGCCAGUGGAGAGGGCAGUAGCAGUAGCAGCAGUACCCCAGAAGCGCCUCAGCCCCCUCGGAAGAAGAGGAUCCCCCUGGAUCCUACCGUGGAAAGCGAGGAAGCAGCCAGGAACAGGGCUGAAGUCAAGGUGGACAUCCCAGAAGAGCUGAAGCCGUGGCUCGUGGACGAUUGGGAUCUGGUCACCAAACAAAACCAGCUCUUCUAUCUCCCUGCGCAAAUGACUGUGGACUCCAUUCUGGAGGACUAUGCUCGUGCUAAGGCACUGACCAGAAAUAGAGAUGAGAAUGCUUAUGCUGUCCUGGAAGUCGUGGCAGGGAUCAAAGAGUACUUCAAUGUAAUGCUGGGCACUCAGCUGCUGUACAAAUUUGAGAGGCCACAGUAUGCUGAAAUCCUAGCUGAGCAUCCCAAUAUCCCCAUGUCUCGGAUCUAUGGUGCCCCACAUCUGCUGCGCCUGUUUGUGAGAAUUGGGGGAAUGCUAGCCUAUACCCCACUGGAUGAUAGGAGUCUUGCUUUAUUGUUAAGCCAUUUGCAUGAUUUCUUAAACUAUUUAGCAGAGAAUUCUAAUGCAUUGUUUAGUGCCACUGACUAUGGGGUUGCCCCUCCUGAGUAUCAUAGGAAAGCUGCCUAAGAGUAUGACACAGUUUGUUCUAUCUAAGUGUCUGCCAAAAAGCUGUUUUGUUCUUAGUCCUUCUCUUACACAAAUAAUGUGCUUUACAAUUGUGUUUGUGUAUAACAGGACCUAUGUUUGUUUCAUAAUUAAUCUGUUUUGUUAGAAACAAAAAGUUAUAAGGAACGUUUGGGCCACUUCUUAGAAGUAUUACCGGUGGAUGUAAUAAGGGUCACAGCAGUGAUAUAUUGUAAGUUGCUCAAUUGAAUGGUUGACAAAGUUGUUGAAUGCUUAUGGUCCAUUCCUUUUACAGUGUUAACUUUAAGUGACAAAACACUCCAAUUAGCAUUUAUAGCCAGAGGCUAUAUAUUUCUAUAUCAAUCAUUUGUACUGAUUGCUUUUUUUGGGUACUUGAUGUAAACAGCUGUUUAUUGAAACUUGACUAUUGUUUGAUAGGUAUUUGUCUUUUUGCCCAGAUUGUUGAAAAUUUUGGAUGUUUGUUUUCUAUAUUUCUAGUUUAAUGAUACUUUUGCCAUAAUAAAAAAAUGCAUUUUUGCUAACUGCUUUUGUG